GCAUUUUUUUUAAUUUAAAAAAUAUAAGAAAACAGAGUACGCGUUUUCCAAAGCUAAUUCUCUUUCUCUGUUUUUUUUUCUCUUCACGUUCUAUUCUUUGGUCUAAUAAACCAGCUCAACGAACAUGGUUUUUGAAAAAUCUGUUUCUCUCUCUUUUCUGUUCUUCUUCAUCCUCUGAUUACUGUGAUUCUUUUAAUUAUUUUUAGUAAUUUUAUUACGCUCAGAUAUUUCCAUUUUUGAGUUCUUCUUGACUUCAAUGCAUAUCUUGAGCUUUUUAGAUUCCUCUUACUAAUAUUCAAAGUCCAUAUCUAUUAUUGCUUGUUUGGAUAUUAGCUUGUACUUAUCCUAUUCUUCGUUAAUUAAUGGAGAAGAGGAACUGGAAAUUCAGCAGAUUCGGUGUUUUACUUCUGUUUUCGCACUACCAGAACUUGAUUUUGUGUUGGUCGCUCAAUGAUGAAGGUUUGGCUUUGUUGAAGUUUAGAGAGAGAAUUGUGAGUGAUCCGUACGGCGCGUUGAAGAACUGGAACGAUGUGGAUGGAGUUGUUGAUCCGUGUUCUUGGAAUAGAGUUGAGUGCUCCGAUGGCAAAGUUGUAAUCUUGAACUUUAAAGAUCUUUGUCUCGGGGGAACAUUAGCUCCUGAUCUCAGAAACCUUAUCCACAUAAAGUCUAUAGUUUUGCGGAACAAUUCUUUUACUGGUAUCAUUCCUGAAGGUCUUGGAGAGUUAAAGGAGUUGGAGGUGCUAGAUUUUGGAUAUAAUAACUUCAGCGGGCCACUUCCACCUGAUCUUGGCAAUAAUCUCUCGCUAGCAAUUCUUCUUUUGGACAAUAAUGGGCUUCUUGGUAACUUAUCACCUGAACUUCAUGAACUGAAGAUGCUUUCUGAAACUCAAGUGGAUGAAAACCAACUAUCUGGCAGAGCUACAGAAUCAUCUUGCAACAAAAGAUCUGCUACACGGAAUGCGGUACAAACUGAAAAUGCAAUUAACAAGCGACAGCUGCAAACCAGUGGCCCUCGAGAAUCACCAUAUUAUCGAAAUAAUAUCUUAAAUCCAUUUCCGUCUCCACCACCAUCUGUAUCUUCACGUUCUUCCCCUAAUGUGACUGCUGCUUCUCUACCACCAAAUGCACCUUCCCCUUCGCCAAAUGUUUCCGCCUCUGUUCCGCUUUUAGCUCCCAUUCCUUCAUCCUCAAAUAAUUCUAGAAAAUCUUCCCCUUCACCAAAUGGUUCCACCUCAAAGCCUCUUUUAUUUCCAACUCCUUCACCCUCAAAAAAUCCUGGAAAUCGUUCCUCUUCAACAAAGAAGGUUGCAAUAAUUGCUGGAGUUAUAGGGGGGGCGCUACUUGUCAUUUCAAUUAUCAGCAUCUCUUUCUGUACAAUUAAUAAGACCACUGUCAAACCCUGGGCCACGGGAUUGAGUGGACAGCUUCAAAAAGCAUUUAUAAAUGGUGUACCAAAGCUUAAGAGAUCUGAGCUUGAAGCAGGGUGUGAAGAUUUUAGCAAUGUAAUAGGUUCUUCACCAAUUGGUACUCUCUACAAGGGAACAUUGUCUAGUGGAGUUGAAAUAGCUGUGGCUUCCAUUGCAGUUGCAUCUUCCAAGGAUUGGCCUAAGAAUUUAGAAGCUCAAUUUAGGAAAAAGAUUGAGACAUUAUCAAAAUUGAACCACAAGAAUUUUAUCAACCUUCUUGGAUAUUGUGAGGAGGAGGAGCCUUUCACUAGAAUGCUUGUUUUUGAAUAUGCUCCAAAUGGAACGCUCUUUGAGCAUUUACAUAUUAAAGAAUCGGAGCACCUGGACUGGGGAAUGAGGUUGAGAAUUGCAAUGGGCAUGGCUUACUGUCUUGAGCAUAUGCAUCAGCUGAACCCACCAUUAACUCACAACAAUCUGAACUCCUCAGCCAUCUCUCUCUCCGAAGAUUAUGCAGCCAAAAUUUCAGAUUUCAGUUUUUCAAAUGUGAUAACUGCAACUGAGACAGAAACAUCUGGCAAGAAGCUCUUAGAUUCUCCAACUGUGCAACCAGAAAGUAACAUUUAUAGUUUCGGUGUACUAUUAUUCGAAAUGGUAACGGGUAGGUUACCAUACUCAGUGGACAAUGAUUCACUUGAAGACUGGGCAUCGGACUAUUUGAGUGGGGACCAACCCCUUAAAGACAUGGUUGAUCCUACUCUUGAUUCCUUUGAAGAGGAGAAACUAGAAAGAAUUGGUCAAGUGAUAAAAUCUUGUGUGCACCCAGAUCCUAAACAAAGACCGGAAAUGAGAGAAGUUACUGCCACAUUAAGAGAGAUUACAGGAAUAACACCUGAGGGAGCAACCCCAAAACUCUCUCCUCUUUGGUGGGCAGAGCUUGAAAUUUUGUCAACAGAUCAAGAUGCUAGCUAAGUAUAUAAAAGACCAGACUGUAAGUAUGAGCUCAAUAUCUCAUUGUUAGUAGUGUUGGCGAGGCACAAAACAAGUUGCCUGUAAGUUUUAUUUCUUUGUAUCUAUUAUCAUAGGCAAUCAAGAGUUGCUUGUAAAUAACUUAGGAAGGGUGCAAAGAUCUGGAAAAUUUUUCACAUUCUUUUUUUUUUUUUUGACCUUUUCCUGUUUAGAAUUUGGGUGUGAAUGCACUACAAGCAUAUCAAUGACUAGUUGGUGAUCUCUCUCUCU